AUAUCCCGGUUUACGUUUACGUACGGUACGUGCGCAUGACCCAUAUUCGAUAGUGUGACUGGUAGUAAGAUUUUUCCCCUCAAUCAACAAGAUGCCUCCAACUCAAGCUGUAGGUUCUGAGGAUCAGGAGAAGCUGCUGGAGGAAGCCCAGCAGGUUGUCAAGGUUCAAGCCUUCCAGAUGAAGAGAUCUCUUGAUAAAGGAAAGUUGAUGGAUGGUUUGAAGAAUGCAUCCAACAUGCUUGGAGAGCUACGUACGUCUCUGCUCUCACCCAAGGGUUACUACGAACUAUAUAUGAGUGUGUGUGAUGAAUUACGUCAUCUAGAACAGUACCUUCUUGAUGAGUACCAAAAAGGUCACAAGAUUGCUGACCUCUACGAGCUGGUCCAGUAUGCAGGCAACAUUGUCCCUCGACUGUAUCUGCUGAUCACGGUAGGUAUCGUCUACAUCAAGGCGCACCAGAGCUCUAGGAAGGACAUCAUGAAGGACUUGGUAGAGAUGUGCAGGGGUGUUCAACACCCACUCAGAGGACUCUUCUUGAGGAACUAUCUCCUGCAAUGCACCAGGAACUACCUGCCAGACACUGAAAACGAUGAAAGUGAUAAUCCGGAGACCGCUGGAGGGAAUAUUGAAGACUCCAUUGAUUUCAUCUUGUUGAACUUUGCCGAGAUGAACAAGCUGUGGGUUCGCAUGCAGCAUCAGGGUCACUCUAGGGAUUGGGAGAAGAGGGAAAAAGAGCGUAACGAGCUCCGGAUCCUGGUGGGGACUAACUUGGUCCGCCUCAGUCAACUGGAGACUGUUGAUGUGGAGAGGUAUAAGAAGGACAUCUUGCCUGAAGUGAUAGAACAGGUGGUCAGCUGUAGGGAUACCAUUGCACAGGAAUAUCUCAUGGAAUGCAUUAUCCAGGUAUUCCCAGAUGAAUUUCACCUCCAAACGCUGAGUAUGUUCCUGAAGGCAUGCGCUGAUCUUAAUACUGCUGUCAAUGUCAAGAAUAUCAUCAUCGCCAUGAUCGACAGGUUAGCGUUGUUUGCCUGUCGCGACGACACUGCAGGUAUCCCAUCGGAUCUCAAACUAUUUGACAUAUUCUCACUUCAGAUUGCUGGAAUCAUUGAGGCCCGUAGUGACAUGCCCACCGAGGACAUUGUGGCCCUCCAGGUUUCCCUGAUAAACCUGGCUCUCAAGUGCUACCAGGACAGGGUAGAUUUCAUUGACAAGGUUCUAGAGACGACAGCAGCCAUCUUUGAAAAGCUCAAGCUAGAACACCUGAAAUACAACAGUGCCGUUGCCAAGGAGCUGCAGAGACUGCUGAAGAUACCUGUAGAUUCCUACAACAACAUCCUGACCCUGCUCAAGUUACAACACUACGUGCGCGUGGUGGAGUACCUGGACUAUGAGGGCCGUAAGACAACCAGUGCGUACAUCAUCAACAAUGCCAUCGAUAACAACCUUCCUGUGCCCAGCCAAGAGCAGGUUGACCAGAUCCUGACAUUGGUGGCGCCCUUGGUGAAGGAUCAGCCAGAUCAACCGGACGAGGUGAGUUCUAGAGUGUGCAGUGUGGAAUGA